AUGCUGCAUGAAAUACUCCUCUCAUUAUCCGGGCUCCAGUCGCCUAUCUGGAACGGAACAAGCCCAUCCGAAGAUGCAGAGGAAAAGAAGUUCAACCAAUAUGUCUCACCACCAGAACGGGCUAUGCUGAAAACCUUGGCUCAUUUACAAGACUUGCACGUCAAAAUCAGAGAUGCAGCUACUCGGUCCGCAACCACACAUCCGUCCAUGAUUUGUCGCGCUGUGAGCUCUUCGAUAGUGGAUGCACACCUAGGCAGAUUCAUGGACAAGAUCGUAGAGGUCGAGUCGUCGAUACUUAAAAGAGAUGCGGGAUAUGUUGGCGCCUACGAUAUUGUGCCACUAAGUACGAUUGUCUCCGAAUUCGCGCCGUGGACUAGACGGUUGGAGUGGUUGUGGUCUGUUGCUCAGCAAUUUGAUCCGAGUUCCGAGGAUGGUAACAGUCACAAGCAAUCCGCUGGGACCAGUCUUCUGGACUUCCUGGAGAGGGAAACACAUACGGGCUAUUCGGACAUCCAAGACAUGGCUAUUGCCCUCUCGGCCGUUGGGCAAAGAACUUGGAUGCGAACAGCUUCGCUCUGGAUUUUGUAUGGAAAACUGCCUAGGUCUGGUGCGGAGGAUUUCUGCAUAACGUCGAAUACUUCUCCCACUUCGGUAAUGGAUGCCUUCUCGAUCGAUCAGUCGCUGGUCCCUAAAUUUGUCAACCCAGGGGCUGCGCGUGCCCUACUUGCUAGUGGAAGUGCACUUACUCAACUAAGGUCUCAGAAUCUGUCUGCACCUGGCAAUCUCACAGGUUCAGGCGAUCCAUCAAUGCGCUUGAUGCCGUUACAUAUGAGCCUGCUUCACUCGCUACACUAUCCAUUGAGUCCGGCGCUCUUCGAGAAUGCAUUAGCUUCUAUCAACCAGUCUAUCUCUGGGAAUGCGCUAUCGCAGAUUCUCCCUCAGCCCUUGGUUAUGCAGGUCCUCCAGGUCAUCUUGCGCUAUAUGCUUCUCGACCAUGGCGAAUUUGCUGUCUCGCUGGUGGCUCACGCAGACGAGCGCAUCAGGAGUCACCGACAGAGACGAACUGUGGCUCGUCCAGUGAGAAAGAUUGGUAGACUAGAUGACUUGGCUAUUCAGGAGGUUGAACUAAAUGGGAUCUUGAGCAAAUCCAUGGCAGAUCUUGCCGCAUAUCAAGCUGACGACGAUCUUGACGACGAUCUUUGGAGUCUGGCCAAAAAGUUAUUGUCUCUCAAGCCAGCUGAGAUUUCACAUGGCUCGCGCCUGAUAUCAACCCUACUGCCGACCCCGACGAGCCUUUGUAUUACGAUUCCACCAUCAUCUCCCCUACACAUAUUCUUAUCUGCUCAAGAUACUCAGACAUAUUCGCUUCUGAAUGCAUACCUGCUUUCUAUCCGGCGAGCCGGUCUCCAUUUGUCCGAGUUAUGGAAGCUUUCAUACCAUCGCCGCUGUUAUCCCACACCCCUGGGUCCACCCAGAAGCGCUUCAGGGGCAGGACAGGCGAGCCUGGCGAAAAGGAGAGAGCGAGAUUCUGUGAGAACAAGGAGAACACGACGGCAUUGGACCUGCGCCAGCAAAGCGUUAUACAUGAUUAAUGAGCUUCAAACUUAUCUCCAAGGCGAGGUCAUCCAGAGCAGUUGGACACAUUUCGAAAAGUGGAUUACUGGGGAAGUUUCAAUGGCUACCUCAUCCGCAAAGUCAUCAAGGCCCGGCACGGCAUCGUCUGCGGGUCUAACAAGAAUGACAGAUCCAUCGAAUGAAUCCCACAACAUUGCAGAAUCUACACCCCGUCACGGAUCCAGGGACCCUCCAUCACUGGCCGAAGCACACCGAUUAUACUUGCACGCUCUGGAAGAUGCACUCUUCUUCACGAAUGCUGAUCUUUUAGGCACGCUGGAGAGCCUUCUCAAUCAAAUUGAUCACCUGAUCGCACUCUUCUCGCGCCUGCAGGUAGUCUGGGAAGGCUUGGACCUGCAAGAAGACGACGGGGUGCUCGACGCUUUUGCCAACCACGCGCAGGAUGAGCUGGAAGUGCUUGACGAGAUGGACCGCACGAGGGAUAGCAUUGAGGCCACACUUCUCGAGCUAGUGCAUAUGAUCCGCGAGGUGGAGAAGGAGAAACGUAGUGGCUUGGGCAUGAACAGUCUAGUUGACGCUGCGAGCGAACUCGAUUUGCACGGAACAAGAUUUGUCCCUUGGCAGGCUAGAACGGUGGACAGAUUGGUGAUGAAACUCGACAGUUUGGCUGGCAGGCAUGAGGAAGAGAGAGAAGGGGUUGGGACUGGUAUUGGGGAUGUUUAUGACGACGAAUAG